AUGGCCUCUGAAGAAAGUAAUACGAUCGAUCAUAAAACUAGUUCUUCCGAAUUAAAUAAUGCCUCUAACGAAGAAAAAGAUGAACUUCAACACUUAUGUCAAAUACCUCGUCUUUUCCCUUCCGAAUGGUCAUCACCACACGAAGAAGCACAAACAGCUUAUCAACGUGCAUGUCUUCUUGGCCAUAGAGAUAUUGUACAAUGUAUGUUGAAUGCUGGUACUGAAGUUGAUCAAGGUUCCCCCGGUGGUCAUUCGCGUUCUACUAUGCGUGGAGCAUUUAUGUUUGCUUGUCAAUCACGUUCGAUGCCAACAAUUCAAGCUUUACUCGACGAUGGUGCACCUGUUAACAAAUAUGGUUCAUGUUCUCUCACCUAUGCUGGCUCAUUUCUACCUAGUAUUUCUAUCCAUUAUUCAUCCAGAAUCCUACCAGUCUCUUGGGAGAAUCUCUAUCCCAUUCACUAUGCCAUUGUUGAUAAUAAUCUCGAAUUAUUAAUAAAAUUAGUUACUUCCAAUACAAAGAAGUUAGUGACAAAUCAGGGACUCAUUCCUUUGCAUAUAGCAUGUCUUUUCAAUCAAUCUGUAACAAUGAUUGAUCUAUUGCUUUCUUAUGGUGAUGCUAAUGCAGGAAUAAUAGCCAAAACAAAUAAUAACAAGUUUCCUGAUCAGCUUGCAACGGAUUCAACGAUAAUCGAAUAUCUUCGAUCUACACAGAGUUCAAUGAACCAGAGCAAAGCUUAA